AGCAGGUAGCGUGUGACCAUUGAGCCCAAAGAACACUCCAGUUCCCAUGAUGAACUGCGCGUGCGCGGUAAACCGCGCGGCUCAUGAGUUUGAUUUCAAACUGACCAAUGGGAGCAGACACAGUAAACGGUAGCGCAACGGUUCGAAGAUGUCGGAAUCUCGGGACACAAGCUGUAAUAUAGUCAUCAGCAAUGAACCAUUAUUCAGCAGAAAGCCCAUCAUCUUCAACCCAGACUUCUUUGUGGAGAAACUUCGCCAUGAGAAGCCGGAGGUGUUUCUGGAACUGGUUGUGAGCAAUCUAACACGUCUCAUUGACCUUCCUGGGAUUGAGUUUGCCCAGCUGAUUGGGGAGGAGGAGCCCUGUUUACCCAGCAACACCAGUUCCAGCUUCUUCCGCCCAUUCAACUUCCUCAAACGCAAAGAGAAGGGAGUUGUGUUUGGAGCUCCACUAACAGAAGAAGGAAUUGCUCAGGUUUAUCAGCUCAUUGAAUAUCUCUACAAAAAUCUCCACGUGGAGGGUCUGUUUCGUAUUCCUGGGAACAGUAUACGACUGCAGUACCUGAAAGAAGCUUUAAAUGGUGGAGUGGACGUAGAUUUGAAUUCUGGAGUGUUUCAUCCAAAUGACAUAGCAACUUUGUUGAAAAUGUUCCUUGGAGAAUUACCAGAACCACUGCUCAGUCAUAGACAUUAUAACGCUCAUCUCAAAAUAGCAGAUCUAAUGGUGUUUGAUACAAAAGGGAAGAAAACUGUUCCUGACAAGGAGCGUCAGAUUGAAGCUCUUCAGCUACUCUUUCUGUUGUUGCCCUCGGCCAAUCGGAACCUGCUGAAGUUACUGUUGGAUCUCCUAUAUCAAACUGCCAAACAACAAGAAAAGAACAAGAUGUCUGCCUACAACCUGGCACUUAUGUUUGCUCCACACAUUCUCUGGCCCAGGAAUCUGGUAGCUGCUGACAUCCAAGAAAACAUCACCAAACUGAAUAACAGCACAGCAUUUCUGAUUAAACACUCUCAGAAGCUUUUCCGGGCACCAGCAUAUAUUCGAGAACUUGCCAGAUUGCAGUUCACAGGUUCAAAACUUUCAAUGAUCAAAGAUGAUCUGGAUAUAUUGCCAGCUCAAGAUUGCUCAGAUUUACUCAUUAUGAAAAAUGCAAAGCGGACUGGAUUGCAUUCAGUUUCACGACUAAAGGAGGAAACACAGCAGCAUACAGAGGAGGCCCUGAAGGAACUCUUUAAACAUGUCAGUAAUAUGCCGAACUCUGCAAAGAAGAAAAGACUCGUGAGACAGUUUCACAAAAGCUCAGUGACUGGUACUCCUGAAGGAUUUAUUUCACCAAAACCCAAGAAACACAUACGUUCCAAGUCUUUCGGAGGUCGUAUUAAGCGCAAAGUUUUGGGUGGUCAGUAUAUCUCUGAAAGGAAAAGCAAAAACCCAACACCAGAUAAAGCGAUUGAAAGCCAUGGAUACCCUCAAGUGGGUGAUGUGGAGAACCUGGAGCAGGAAACCCUUGGAGUGAACCGAAUAAUCACAAUUCCAACCAAGGAAUCGGCCAUGUAAUUCAGUCUUCCUCUUGCUUUCAAAACAUCUCAAUAAGCUGUGAAACUGGACAUCUCCGAGAGAAUCACGAAGAACCACUAAUCGACUCAUUGGAACUGAAAAUUGAAUGAUUAGAGCGACUAUUAGUUUCAUAUCCUGUGCUUAACAGCCUAAACAUUGUUAUAAUAUGCCUCGUUUAACAGGGAGGCCAGCCUACAGAUCAGGGAAAGGGGAAAUUUGCAUGGGCUACUUGGAUGCAUAUAACAAAAACAACUGAGGCCCUGGGAUGUGAAGUAUGGAAAAUGCAAGUAGUUGAAAGAUGCUGAGUAACUGUGAAAAUGAGGGUGUUACUGGUUGGCUUAACCUGCUGGCUUGCAAUGUAUUUAUUUCAGACAUUUCAUAAUUACCUGUCUCACUACUUCAAGCUAUUCAUGAUGUAGCUUGGAACAUCUGCUAGGAACCCUAUCCUCUCAGGUGUUCAAUUUGAAAUGUAACCAACCAAAUGAGGCCCCAAGAAAAAUCACUGAGGAGGAUUUGAGGUCAGACUGUAAGGCCAAUCAGCUGAGAGAUGUUGAUUGUGUAUCUUGAGAAAUCUGCAUGCAACUGCAAUUCUUUAUUUUUUUUCGGUAUUUGCCAUUGAUAUCUUUAUUUUAAUAGCACAGAUAUUCCAAUGAGAGAGUCAGUCUAAUUCCUCCUAUUCCGACUGUGGUAAAUGAUGCCAAGAAAUAGUUAUAUUUGAGUCAGCAGGAAUCUUCAGCAUCAACCCAAGCAGGAGGGAAGUAGAAUGGGGGUUAAGGUAAGGAGUUUGGUUGAAUGUUUAACAACUUAAGGUUUGUUGGUUACGUGGAAGAAACCAUUAAAUGGGGGGGAAGAGAAAUCUUUUUUUAAACUGAACUUGCAUUUUUUUAAUGUGCCUGACUAAUGUCUACUUUCAUAUUAGCCAUAUUCUAGAGUAAUUCAUUUUUUAUAUUUUUGUCAUUUAAACCCUGUUACAUGUGACUUUUUACUGUUGACACUCACUGACUGCGAGAGAAAGACAUCUCAGAAUUAAACUGCAUCAAUUAUUAUCCUGCACCUAGACACUGAGGUGGAAGGGGAUGAGGCGAGGAGGGGCACACUUCUCUGUCCCUCUAACUCUCUGCUGCAGUUGAUCACUCAGCUCAGUAGAUAAACAGCCUGCUAUAUUUGAUGGGAAUUGAUGGAUUGGACUAUUUUUAAGUUUCUGUUAACAUUUGAAUUGCACUGAUUGUGAUACUUAUGGAUGUUAGACACUCAAAAUCAAGGCUGCAAAAUCU